AUGGAGAAACACAAUCUCUCGGUGGUGACUGAAUUCAUACUAAUGGGCAUCACAGACCGCCCUGAGCUGCAGGCUCCUUUAUUUGGGCUGUUCCUGGUCAUCUACCUGAUCUCUCUGGUUGGCAACCUGGGCAUCAUCAUCCUCAGCACAGUGAACUCUCAGCUGCAAACACCCAUGUAUUUUUUUCUCAGACAUCUGGCUAUUACAGAUCUUGGUUAUUCUACAGCUGUAGGUCCCAAAAUGUUGGUAAAUUUUGUUGUGGACCAAAAUACAAUCUCGUAUAGUCUUUGUGCUACACAACUAGCUUUUUUCCUAGUAUUCAUGGGGAGUGAACUGUUCAUUCUGUCUGCAAUGUCCUAUGACCGGUAUGUGGCCAUCUGCAAGCCACUCCUCUAUACUGUCAUCAUGGCACCGAGAAUAUGCUGGACUCUAGUGGCAAUACCAUAUCUCUACUGCAUGUUUAUAUCUCUUCUCAUCACCAUAGAUAUUUUCACUUCACCCUUCUGUGGCUAUAAUAUUAUCAAUCAUUUCUACUGUGACUGUGUACCUUUGUUAUCACUGCUCUGUUCAGAUACCCAGAAAAUUGAAUUUAUUAUUAUGAUCUUUGCAGCUUUUGAUUUGAUUGUCUCUUUGCUAAUUGUUCUUAUAUCCUACCUGCUCAUCCUCACAGCCAUUAUCAGGAUGAACUCUGUUGAUGGCAGGUACAAGGCCUUCUCCACCUGUGGGUCCCAUCUGACAGUGGUCAUUGUGUUCUAUGGUACUUUGAUAUUUAUGUAUGUGCAGCCUCAGUCCAGUCAUUCUACUGACACUGAUAAAGUGUCUUCCACUUUCUACACCCUCAUAAUCCCCAUGCUAAAUCCUCUAAUCUACAGCUUGAGGAACAAAGAUGUAAAGUAUGCCCUACAGAAGGCAUGGGAUAAAACUCAUGAAACUGUGAACAUGUUAAAAGUGCAAGAAUAG